UUCUAGUUUAACUAUACUAUAUGCUACAUCCUGUAUUUCCAGUAUGCCGCCAUUGUCACGUUUAUAACCGAUUUUCAUAAAACAAUGAAACGCCUUAAAAUUAAUAUAAAUUAGUCGUGUUGACGAAUAAUUCUCAAUCGCAUGAAAUUGAUCGGCGUAUAAUUAAAACAGCAAUUAUGUGCUCCUCUGAAAAUGUUAGUACCACCAAAUCACAAUGCCAUCGUAUGCCAUGGAUAAUGAGAUUAGGAGAUGAAUUCCUUCCGGAAAGCCAACUGGGUGCAGCCUAUCAAACUACACGAAUGGAUCACGAAAUGCGUCUGAAUGUCAAUUGCAAUCCUCGACCUGGUAGACUCACAGGCUUAAUGAUAACAUUGGGCGACAAUAACUCACAUCCGAACGGCAUUAGGGAUAUAAUUUCGGCAGGUGUCGAUAUGCUACGAAUAAAUAUGUCUCACAAGGACGAAAAAUGGCACGCCAUUACAGUGCAAUCUAUAAAAGAGGCCGAACAGAGCAUCGAUAAAUGCUCAACCGAAUCAUAUCCUGUUGGAAUAACAAUGGAUCUUCGAGGACCGGAAAUUCGUACAGGAAUUUUUAAUGGGGAUGAGAAUAACAUGGGUUAUGCGGACCUUAAAGAGGGCAACACAGUGAGGCUGAUGAUCGAUAAUACUGUGAGACGUGCUGGUGCUGCUUCUUGUUUUUGGGUAUCGUGUCCUGAGUUGCCAGGCCUUUCUCAGAUAGGCGAUAGAAUUUUGAUAGACCGUGGCACGGUGGAAUUGAUUGUGAUUGGGAUCUCCGAAUGUUAUGUGACUUGCAAGAUCGUUAAGGGUGGAAGAAUAUCUAACGAGAAGAUCGUGCACCUGAUAGACACUUCGAUAGAUCUACCACAAGUAUCUGAACAGGAUGACAUUGACAUUGGUUUGGCAUUGGAAUAUGAAUGCGAUUUUCUAAUAGUUUCUCAUGCACGAGAUGGUAAAAUGAUCUGUGCCGUGAAAGACAGAGCUAAACAAUUGGGAUUGAAACCGAUUUGUGUCCUGGGAAAAAUUUCCACUCAACAAGGACUGGACUGUUUUGACGACAUCUUAAAAGUCUCUGAUGGUAUAAUGGUAGACAGAACUGGCAUAGAGGUUCACAUACAAAUCGAAAAAGUCUUCGUGGCUCAAAAAUCCAUAAUUGCAAAAUGUAACAGACUUGGGAAACCAGUGAUAGUAGCCUUUGAUGUGAAGAAUCAGGAGUGUUCUCAUGGGAAUAUGAGUCAGAUAGCGAACGCUGUUCUUGAGGGUGCCGACAGCAUUCACUUGAGGACAGGUAACCUGGAUGUGAUGGAAACGAUCCAGCUCGUUAAAAAGGUGGACAUCGUCUGCAGGGAAGCAGAAUCAGCCAGAUGGCAAAGGCAGCUAUUCGAAGAACUCAGCUAUAAGACACUGAUCCCUCUUGAUCCCACGCAUUCGAUCUCAGUCGCAGCUGUGGAGACUUCAAUGAAAUGCAACGCAGCUGCAAUUGUUGUAACCACAACUACCGGACGAACGGCCAUGAUGCUUUCAAUUUACAGACCACGAUGUCCCAUAAUCGCCAUUACUCGCUACGGAAUAGUUGCUCGUUGGUUACAGAUUUAUUUUGGCGUUCAUCCAGUGCAGUACCAAGAUUCACCCCUUUCUAAUUGGUGCAAAGAUAUGGACGCAAGGAUUCAGUGUGCAAUGGACUACCUUCGUAGAGAGCAAUUGAUAAAUGUGGGGGAUGCCGUAGUUAUCGUCAGCGGUUGGCGUCAGGGUGGUGGUUUUACUAAUUGCAUACGGCUUGUGUACGCUUCUCCUGGUCGGAUUCCAAAUCGGGGCGACGACUUUGAGGAGUCCUGGUGAAAAUAUGAUAAUUUUACAUUUAAAUCCUUUGGUGUAUUUCUCAUUAGUUAAUAAAAUAUUCUAAGCACUUAUUCAC